AUGACCAUAUGCUUCGAUGAUACUGGUAAUAGAUACGAGUUACCUGACUAUGUUUUGAGCAAUCCAACGGAUAUGAACGAAGAUUUAAGGACAAAUUUAAGAUCUAACGACGAUAACCGUGUGACAAGUCCGCCGCCUUGGACGCGUGGCGAUGAUCAAAGGUUUUCAAAUGAUGAGCUUCCUCGGACGCGCGAUGAGUUUUGGCGUAUGAUUUCUGACCGUGAUGAUGGAAGAGUAACAGAGGUAUUCUUGAAAGCCCUUAGAGAGGCAGCUGAGUGCCAAGCCUUGGACCGUAAGCAACAAAUCAUCGACACGAAUAACAUUAGACUUGGGAAUCGUGACAUGACCAUAUGCUUCGAUGAUACUGGUAAUAGAUACGAGUUACCGGAUUAUGUUUUGAGCGAUCCAACGGAUAUGAACGAAUUAGAUUUAAGGAAAAAUAAACGCGGGAUCUCACCGUGUUCUAUUCUCUAA